AUGGCCGAAGAACUGAGCAAGAACUUUGAGACGCUACAGCUCCAUGCGGGCCAGGAGCCCGACCCAGCCACCAACUCGCGCGCUGUUCCCAUCUACGCCACCACGAGUUUCACCUUCAAUGACUCGGCCCACGGCGCGAGGCUCUUCGGCCUCAAGGAGUUUGGUAACAUCUACAGCCGUAUCAUGAACCCCACGGUCGACGUCUUUGAGAAGCGCAUCGCCGCGCUCGAGGGAGGUGUGGCCGCGCUGGCCACCUCGUCCGGCCAGGCCGCCCAGUUCAUCGCUAUCAGUGCCCUCGCCCAUGCCGGUGACAAUAUUGUGUCGACCUCGUUGCUGUACGGCGGUACCUACAACCAGUUCAAGGUGUUCCUGCCGCGCCUCGGCAUCACCACCAAAUUCGUCGACGGCGACCGCGUCGAGGACAUUGCCAACGCCAUCGACGACAAGACCAAGGCCGUCUACGUCGAGAGCAUCGGAAACCCCAAGUAUAACGUGCCCGACCUCGAGGCCAUCGCCAAGGUCGCCCACGAGAAGGGUGUUCCCGUCAUUGUUGAUAACACCUUUGGCGCCGGCGGCUACUUCAUCCGCCCGAUCGAGCACGGCGCCGACAUCGUCGUUCACUCGGCGACCAAAUGGAUCGGUGGCCACGGCACCACCAUCGGCGGCGUCAUCGUCGACAGCGGUAAGUUCAAGUGGGACAACGGCCGCUUCCCGCAGAUGACGGAGCCCAGCGACGGCUACCAUGGCCUCAAAUUCUGGGAGACGUUCGGCCCCAUCACCUUCAUCAUCCGUGCGCGCGUCGAGAUCCUACGCGACCUCGGUGCCUCGCUGAACCCCUUCGCCGCCCAACAGCUCAUCAUCGGCAUCGAAACGCUCUCCCUCCGCGCUGAGCGCCACGCGCAGAACGCCCUCGCCCUCGCUAAGUGGCUCGAGGCCAACGACUACGUCAGCUGGGUCUCGUACCCCGGCCUCGAGAGCCACCCGUACCACGAAACGGCCAAGAAAUACCUCAAGCGCGGCUUCGGCGGUGUCCUCAGCUUCGGUGUCAAGGGCGGCGGCGCCGCCGGCAGCCAGAUCGUCGACGGCUUCAAGCUCAUCUCCAACCUCGCCAACGUUGGCGACUCCAAGACCUUGGCCAUCCACCCCUGGUCCACGACCCACGAGCAGCUGUCCGACGAGGAGAAGAAGAGCUCCGGUGUCAGCGAGGACCUCAUCCGUAUUUCGGUCGGUACAGAACACAUUGACGACAUCAUCGCCGAUUUUGAGCAAUCCUUCAAGAACGCCGCUUCCGCCAAGACCAACGGCAAGGCCACCUCCGCGGCGGAGACCAAGCAGGAGGAUGCGCCGCUGGUGCCGUAA